AAGAGACUAAAGAUAAAUAUCGUAAUAAAUUUGAAGAGAUUAGUAGUGAUGAAGAAGAGGAUAGUGCGAAAGGAAAUAGCAGUGAUGAGAAAGAGGAAGGUGAAAAAAGUGAUAGCAGCGAAGUAAUAAUCAAGCCAAUUAAAACAUAUAAUAUACCAUAA